AUGCAAUCCAGUGUAAGAUGUCCACCUGUUACGGCCAACAAUUUUGAAAUCAAGCACAGUGUUCUUCAAGCUAUUCAAAAUAAUUGUGUGUUUAGUGGACAGCAUAAUGAAAAUCCAACCAACCAUCUGAUGGGUUUCGAUGAAAUCAUGAACACCUUUCACUAUAAUGGAGCAUCCGACGAUGCAAUUUACUUAAGGGCAUUACCUUUCUCUCUGAAAUAUGAUGCAAAAAUCUGGCUGAGAAGUUUACCUUCAGGAUUGAUUCACACCUGGGAGGAGAUGAUGACUAAGUUCCUUGACAAGUACUUCUCACCGACAAAAACAAGAAUGAAGAAGGAAAUAAACAACUUUGGACAACUUGAAUCUGAAACUGUGUUUGAAGCUUGGGAUCGGCUCAAGGAAUUACUGAAAAGAUGUCCUCACAAUGUGGGAGGUCCUCUGAUGAAGAAAACAUAUGAUGAAGCACUCGAAAUUUUGAAUGAACUAUCAGAAGAUGUGAACCAAUGGAUUCUAGAGGGUGCUGAAAGAAAUAAGGUAGUUCGAGUACAUCAGGUGGAUGCAUACACCACACAACAAAAUCAGAUUGCUGAUGUUUCCAAAGAUGUGAAACAACUGAUAGUAGCUCAAGUUCAAAUAGAGCAACCAAUGAUAGGGAAUUACCAAGGGGAAAACAAUUUCAAUCCUACAAAGCACAAAAAACCCGAAUUUUCUUGGAAUUUAGCUAAUGGUAGUCUUAACCAAUGGCAGCAAAAUAAUCCUAGAGGCCAAGGACAGGCACAAUCAGGAUACCAGAAUCAGCAGAGGCAGCAGUUUCAGGGUCAACAACCUCAACGACAUCAGUCAAGACUUAGAGAAACAAUGGGGAAAAUGGCUACUAUGUUGUCUAAGGGAACUGAGGGAACACUUCCUAGUGACACAGAGAAAAAUCUGAAGAAAGUGAAAGCAGUAACCUUGCGAUGUGGGAAGGCGCUGGAAGAGGCUGCUAAAAAUCCAAAAAUUUAG